ACGUAUUGAUCAAAAAGAAUUAGCUGAUGCCAUAUCGGCUAUAUACGAUUAUACCGGUGUAGCCGAUCGCAAAGGGGAUCGAGAUCCGAAGAAACGAGCAAAAGAAAUUAUUAAAAAACUUGAUAUUAGUGGUGAUAAAAAAUUAAGUAAAGAAGAAUUUAUUAAAGGAUGUCAAAAUGAUCCAAUAAUUCGUGAUUUACUUGUUCCUCGUAGAUAA